GAGCGGGAGGACCGAGAGAGGACAGACACCACAUUCUUCUUCUUCUUCUUCCUCCUCUUCUUCUUCUUCUUCUUCUUGUUGCAGUCAUGCUGGACACGCUCACCUUCCUCCUGGAGAAGCUCUUCCUCCUCGCCCACAUCAAGCUGUCCAGCCUGCUGCCUCCUCUCCCCCGGCGCUGUGACCGGGACGAGGCUCCGCAGCCCGCCGGAGCUCCGCGCACCUUCCACCGGGGAGACCUGCUGGAGGUCCCGCGGACUCUCUUCACCCACUCCGGCAUCUACAUGGGCGACGGCCGGGUGGCUCACCUCAUCCCGGACAUCCUCCCGGCGCUGACCGCCGACGGCCGACGCAUCCAGGAGAUGGUGACCAACGCGCGGCUGCUGCUCGGGGUGCUCUCCAAGCGCGCCGCCAUCCGGGUGGACUCUGUGGAGGACUUCGCGUACGGAGCCGGGAUCCUGCUGAACGUGAUGGACCGGGCGGUGCCGCGGAGCCCGCUGCCCGGGGAGGAGGUGGCGCGGCGGGCGGAGCGGCUGGUCGGCUCCGUGUCCUACAGCCUGAUGUGGAACAACUGCGAGCACUUCGUCACCUACUGCCGCUACGGGGCCGCGCAGAGCCUGCAGACCGACCAGUUCUGCGAGUGGCUGAAGUCGCUGAUCCGGGAUCAGCGUAACAUUGUCCUGACGGCGCUCCUGGGACUCCUGUCGAUGGCGUGUUUGGGAGUCUCCCCCGGCACCGCCCUGCCCACCCUCCUCGUCCCCUUCACCCUGUGGAUGGCCAGCUAGAAGCUCCUGGACGACGUUCAUCCACCCUCUGUGUUUGAGCCUCACCGCUGGUUCGAACACAGGCCGAGCCGCCAUGUUGGAAGACAGACAGACAGGAAGUAGUCAUCUGCAAACAAGUUGACUGUCUAUUAACGCACUGAGGACUCUAGCAGGAGCUGCACCGGUAGUUAUGCUUUUUUGUAUAUAUUUUCUGUUUGAUUUGAGUGAACAGAAGAAGAACAGGGAAGUUAGCAUUAGCAACAUUAGCAAUCUAUUAAAAGAAAGACAUUUAAAUGGCACAAAAAGGACAAAAACAAACUGUUUGAUUGACAGGUGUUGUUUUGAGCGCUUAGCAACAAAGUCAACUUUAAAAAUCCGUUAAAUGCUCCAUAAACUGUGGCGUUAAGAGAUCAAAGAUCAUUUAAGAAUUUAUUGUGUUUUACUGAAGCUACAGGUUUUAUUUUGAAGGAGCCAUUGAGGAAAUGUCAUUCAUUGCCAGCUUCCUCCAGAGCUUCUAACUGCGUCUCAUGAUCUUGAAAAACCUGGAAAAACGUGUUUUUCUUACUACUUCCAAAGUCAGUAAUGAUCACAAAACACUUCUUACACGUUCACACUGAAACUCUAACUCUGAUGCGGCCAUCUUGACUGUAGUUUUUUUUAUGUCAGCCCCUCUGCUGAAGCUCUUCUUGUAAAUAUCUGUAGAUAUCCUUCACAGACUGAUUGUUCUCUAACAGUCAAAACCUUUGAACAGAAUUUAUUUUUUAAGACGCUGUAACACUUUAUAUGUGUUUUUUUUAUGUAAAUAAAAUGUGUGA